AGACUGAGCUGUGAGCUCGGCUCGGCCCGGAGCGGGUCCUGCGAGGCCUGCAGCCUUGCAACGACUCCCCGCCUCUCUCUGGACAGCUUCUUCUGGACACUCCUGUGUCCUGGUUUCCCUACGGCUUCUCCCUGCUGGUACAAGAAAAGAAGAGUGGCAUUUGAAAUGUGAAGUUUUGGGUGGAAUUGGGCAGUCUCGCAUCCUACUGAUUCACUUCCCAUCUGUGCUGUUGCACUGUCCCCUGCAUGCAUCAGACUCCCGUGGAGCCGUGGUCUCCCUCUGCUGGUCUGUGCUUGGAUCUGAGACUUUCCCUUGCCAUUCUAUAAUGGCAAGGCAGCUGUGGUGCUGAAUAGAAUUCCAUUAGCUAGUGGUACAGCGCAUAGCCUUUUCCCUCUUGUGUCAAACUAGAACAGAAAUCCUUGUCCCUGAGGACCUGGAAGAGCUCCAGAAUGGGAGCCUCCAGCAUGGGAGCUGGGCAGCUGACUGGUGUGAUGCUCAUGGUAUGCAUUUGGCUUCUCAUGGUAGCUGCUCAGAACCUCAUUAAGAACCCCAGGGACCAGAAAACAGAGCAUGCACUUCUGAUAAAUGAGAUCAAUGCGGACAACCCAGGAGAAGACACCUCUGAGUUUGUGGAGCUAUAUCACACCAGUGGUCAAGCAGCCCCCUUGGAUGGCUACUACCUCAUCUUUUACAAUGGCAAUGGAAACCUGGCCUACAGAAUCCUGAACCUCAAGGGCUACACCACAGACAGCCAAGGCUUCUUCCUCAUUGGGUCCUCCACAGUACAGCCUCGCCCCUCGGUGAUCUUUCCUAAGAAUACUAUCCAGAAUGGCCCUGAUGCUAUUGCCCUGUACUAUGGGAAAGAGAACUUCCAGGAAGGCAUGCAUGUCACGAGUGAUGGUCUGGUGGAUGCCUUGGUCCAUAAAUCUAAGAAGACUGACAGGGCAGAUGUGUUGCUCAGUGUUUUGACCCCUGACAGGGAUGCAUUCCUGGAGGACCCCUCCUUCAGGAUCUUGGAUGAGUCAAUAGAAAGGUGCCGUGGAACAGAUUCUCAGUGGGUUUUUCAAGUGGCGAUGCCCAGUCCUGGCAGGGACAACCAUUGCAUCCCCUCUUCUCAGCUGAAUGCUUCUGCUGCACUGAUCAAUGAAGUCCACCCCAUGUCCUUUCCUGGGGAGUUUGAAUUCAUAGAGCUUCAAGGACCUCCUUCCACCAUGCUGAGGGACUUAGUUCUGGUGCUGAUUGAAGGGCUUACCAAAGAAGUUUAUUUCUUCAUGGAUGUUUAUGGCAAAACCUCUCCAGAUGGCCUACUUCUGAUUGGCUCAGUCCAAGACAAAACCCCAGUUGAUUUGCCAUUCCCAAAGAACUCCAGCAGCCCUCUCCUUAAAACUGGCUCCAAUGCCAUUGCCCUGUAUGUUGGGAACAGCAGCAGCUUUGCACUGGGGCAAGCAGUGUCUACAAGCAAUCUACUGGAUGCACUGGUAUACACAAACAAUGAGAGGGUGGACCCUGAGCUUCUGGAGAUCCUGACCCCAGGGAAAUUCGCCUAUGAGAAUAAAUGGUAUCAGCUGGGUGAUGUGUCCAUGAGCCGGUGCAGCUGCUGCUCUGUGACCCAGGAUCCCUCUGUCUAUGUCCUCAGCAGCCCGACACCCAGUGAGUUCAAUGACUGCCCCAGCACACGCUACAGCCAGUCCAUUUCUCUAUGCCUCUAUACAGCAGAUUGUCAGCAGUGGGUCCUGAGGUCCUAUGAGAUACAGAUGGCUCUGGCCCAAGCCCUUGACAAACUAUGCAACUGUGGAACAUCUGUUGCAUAUUUCAAAGAUCCCAGUGCAACGUGCCAAGCCAUGGGGCUUGUGUUCAGCAUGCUCCUGACUGCCAAAUCCACACAGCAGCUGAGUAGCCUUGCACAGGCCUUCAGAAGCCUCCUGCAGAGCCCAGAGGCAGCAAACUUCAGCAACUGGAAUGCCACAGUGGAGAAGGCUUGUCUCAAGGAUGCUCAUGUGACAGAGUCUCCACCAGGUGCUUCAUCAGAGAAGUCAGCAGUGAUGCACGAGCCACCUUCCCAACUGCCUAAACUGCUCAUCAAUGAAGUGAAUCCAGAUAAUCCAGGUGGCCGGGAGGAUACAGAGUAUGUUGAGCUGUUCUACACUGGGCAGACACACUUUAACCUCAAGGAUUACUGGCUGGUCCUUUAUAAUGGCAAAAACAACCAGGCUUACAAAGUGGUGAAUCUGACCGGCUACCAUACCAAUGAACAAGGCUACUUCCUGGUGGGCAGCGAGGGAGUGACUCCAAAACCUGUGAUCAUUUUGCCUCCGAACACCAUCCAGAAUGGGGCAGAUGCCAUAGCCCUCUAUUACAGCACCACCCUCUCUUACAGAGGGAGCAUGGUAGUGACAGAGGAGGGGCUGGUGGAUGCAGUGGUGUACACUGCCCGGGCAUCUGACAGGGCAGAUAAGUUGCUCAGAAUACUGGCCCCAGGGCAGAAUAUCCUGUAUGAAGAUGAUUCCCACAGUAGCCAGGAUGAGUCUUUGAGCCGGUGCAAUGACCUGACCCCCAGGCUCCACAGCAGCUUCCAGGUGACUGUAAUUACACCCUUCCGGGAGAACAACUGCACCAAUUCUUCAGUGCUGCCUUCCAGUAUCCCUCCCAUCCUUAUCAACGAACUGAGCCUGACCAACAGCACCAUCCCCUAUCAAUUCAUUGAGCUGAAGGGGAAGCCUGGAGCCAGCUUAGGAGGAUACAGUUUGGUGUUCUUCUCUGGAAUAGAUGGCAAAGCUUAUUCCAGCAUCCCACUGAAGGGCACUUUCAGAAACACGGGUCUGUUUGUAAUUGCACCAGAAGGAGGACCCACACCUGAUCUGUUGUUGCCAUCUGUCAAGGAUGCCCUUUCCAUUAGGCAGGGCUCCAGCGCUGUUGCAGUGUACAACCGUUAUCAAGCAAGAAGUCCUCAGGGCAUGGUGGCAACCCUUGCGAACCUGGUGGAUGCUUUGGUUUACACAUGGGAGUCAAACACAGGCAGAGGACAGCUGGACCUCUUUGGACCAUCACAUUUUUUGCCUUGUCCAAAAGACAGGUCAGUCUCUUUGAGCCGCUGUUGCAAUAUGAGUGCUACACUUGUAUACGCUGUCUCAGACCCUACACCUGGCUUGGAGAACAUCUGUCCUCUGAGGUCGCUUGCUGAGGAUCUCAAUAUAUGCCUGAUGACACCUAACUGCUCUACAUGGACUCUAAACCCUGAGCAGAUGCUAGACAGCCUGGAGAAGGUACUGAUGACAUCCAUAGAAGAGAACUGCUCCUGUGGAGUCUCUCAGUUCUAUCUACAAGAACUUAACUUCACCUGCAUAGGUUCUAUAUUGAAGCUCUCAGGCCAGGUGUGGGCCAGGUCACUGAAGCAACAACAUAAAAUCAUCAGCUGGCGCAAAGAAUUCACUUCCAGCCCACAUCCGUUGUCAGUGGAUGGGAGUAUGCUCAGGACUAAUGUAGAGUGUGCCACUCCAAAACAGCCAGCAUCAGAGGCAUCAAGUGUCACCUCUUUAGAGGGUUGGGAGAUUGCCCUCUUUGUCCUGGGAGCUCUACUGCUCAUACUUGUGCUUGCUGGUUUAGCCUUCUAUUACAUCAAAAGGUAUCCUCAGAAUUAUACCAACAUUGAAAUGAAUGAUCGCAGGCAGAUUGCAGCAGACUUCUAACUUUGAGGCAGAACUAUUCUAGCAAGAUCCAUCAUCAUGGGCAGGGGCCGACAGAGCUUGCAUCUCUGUGGGUAGGCAAGCCAUCUGUCCAAAGUCAUCCCCUCCCUCCUAUGAGGACUGUUGCAUGGAUCCUGGGAAUGUAGCUUUGUACAUUUAUUUUUUUACACUUCUGUUGGCCUCUGACUAAAAUAAUUUUAAGAAAUGGUCUCUAUAA